GCGUACUUCCCCAUCCGCCACCCGCCGCUCCGGUUCCGUCUUCCCCACGACGGGACACGCCAGUUGCUCGAUCCGCACGCAUCGCCUGCCGCCGACUCCCAAUCUAAUUUCCGACGCGCACUUUCUGCGACCCCGCGCGCGCCCCCCAUCACUGCGAAUUUGCAGCCUUAACUUUACAGCGAAGCAAAUAAAUAGACUAAAGUUUAGAGGCCAGGAACCUUUCUGCUCCCCUCUUUGAUGCCUUCCGCAUCCUCAGGUAACUCCGCGUUUCUAUAAUAGUGUUAUCUCCACUUCACGUGCCUCUUCGACGAGUACGCGCACGGGCCGAAAAACAAAUUUAAUAUAGCCGACAUCUUCGGGGGGCCGUGCAAGUCAAAAUAAGGGAACGGUGCAAAGAGUUGGAGUUCGGGACACCGAAGUUAAAAUGCGGCUGCCGCGUCCCGGGAGAAGAGCAACUACUUGCGCGUCUUGGACACCGGAGGUAUAUGAGACCUGUCAUCGUAUCAGUAGAGGUACAAGAGUUAUGACGUCCUUCAGUAGCGACGCUCAGGCCGAAUAAGCGACGUGCGAGAUGAAGACGAGGGAAGACCGUCAACAAGCUUCCCGAGACGGAGCAACUGGUGGUGGAAGAGCGACAAGCGCCGGCACGCUGUUUGCCGUCGGCUCCCUGCUGCUCGCCGCAGCGCCCUGCUUAUCGUUCGCCGCGGGAUUGGAAUCUCCCGAGGCGCACGUCCUCAUUCCGAGCAACCUGAGGAGAGGUGACACUGCCGAGAUCUUCUGCUCACUGCGGCGUGGUUCGCUACCCGUCGCGUUCCAGUGGCUACACAAUGGCCGGCCCAUUAGGCCGAGCAGAGUGGGAGCGGCCGAACCUACCGGGACCGGCCAAGGGUCCAACAGCGCCGAGGCCCUGUGGAAAGUCGACCACCGCGAUCGGCGCUCAGAGCUCCUCAUCGAGAACAUCGGCGCUCGCCAGAUAGGAAACUACACUUGCAUAGCCAGCAAUGCAGCGGGAAAGACAAGCUUCACAGCCAGCCUUCUCGUCGAAGUGCCACCGACUUGGCUGCACAUGCCCGGCGACCGGGCAGCUGUCGUCGGCAGCUCGCUGACCAUCGACUGUGCCGCCCUGGGCCACCCAACGCCCGUGACCAAAUGGACACGAAGCCAAUAUCCAUCCGAAACGGUACUCGGAAACAAAGACGAUCACAUAACUGUCCUCGCCAAUGGCAGUCUGCUCAUCACGAGCGUUAGAUCGUCCGAUUCCGGUCUGUACCGAUGUGACGUCGAGAAUGGUGUCGGCACGCUGAUAACCAAGACCAUCAAUCUCACAGUAAGUGUGCCGCCGUUAAUACGGAAGCUACACGACACCAUAAAGGUGCGCUUGGGCAACAUCGUGACACUGCACUGCGGAGCAUCCGGGGAAGAGCCACUACAAAUAGCCUGGGUCAAAGACGAUAAGUCUAUCGAGAAGUCUCUCAAGGAACGGUAUGACGUCAUUGACCGUUCUUUCCCGGGAGGCAUCGCUUCUGACCUGCUCAUCCACAAGAGUGCGCUAGCCGACACCGGAGAAUUUGCGUGUCACGUCACGAACAGGUUCGGCACUGCCACGGCCAUACGAUCGCUUUUCGUGCUCGAGCUCCCAUCGCCUCCCAUCGGGGUCAAAGUGGACGACAUCGGCAAGAGGUCGGCGCGGGUCUCCUGGAAGAAGCCGUUCGCCGAGGUCACUCACUUCCUCCUCCGCUACUGGAGGGAGAACGGCCGCGGCCGGAAGCUGUCCAGCGCCACGGUUGCCGGCACGGAGACGUCCGCGUACCUCCAGGACCUGCAGCCGGGCACCGAGUACUCGGGACACAUCGUGUCGCAGAACGACGUCGGACUCAGCGGGCCCUCGGUGGCCAUGCACUUCGUCACCAGCGAGGAAGCUCCAUCAGCACCACCGACGGAUGUGCAUUCAACGCCAAUCGGAGAAAGGGAACUCAUGGUCAUGUGGAAGGGACCUCCUUCCGAGCACCGCAAUGGCAAGAUCCAGGGCUACUACGUGGGCUACAAGGCGUACGACUCGAACCUGCCGUACAACUACCAGACCGUCACGGGCGGUGCCGAGUCGGCGGUGCUUAAAGACCUCAAGCCCAGCACGGCUUACUCCAUAAUCGUGCAAGCAUUCAACAGAGCCGGACAAAGCCCAUCGUCGCACCAAAUCGCAGUGCACCCGUUCGCAGCCGGUAAGCCCGCACUUGCCCGCAACCGUGCUACUCAAAUGCGGGGCCUAAUCCUUCCCACUUGACCUG